AUGAGUUUGUUUAACUGGGUUUCUUUGGUUUUGUUUUUGUAUCUUUCGAGGCCAAUUUUGAGCUUAAAAGGGUCAUCAGAUAUCUCUGCAAGGUUUCUCAGUUAUGCCAAAAAAGAAGAGCUUUUUGAUUGGAUGGUGGGGGUGAGGAGAAAGAUACACGAGUAUCCUGAAUUGGGUUAUGAGGAAUUUGAGACCAGUAAGCUUAUUAGAGCAGAAUUGGAUAAGAUGGGUAUUGAAUAUAAAUACCCACUUUCUGUCACUGGUGUUGUUGGGUUUAUUGGAACUGGCAAACCUCCUUUUGUUGCACUAAGGGCAGAUAUGGAUGCUCUUGCUAUGCAGGAAAUGGUGGAGUGGGAGCACAAGAGUAAAGUUCCUGGGAAGAUGCAUGCUUGUGGUCACGAUUCUCAUGUUGCAAUGCUUCUUGGUGCUGCAAAGAUCCUUCAAGACCAUCGUGAAGAGUUGAAGGGCACAGUUGUUCUAGUUUUCCAACCAGCAGAGGAAGGUGGUGGUGGUGCAAAGAAUAUGAUAGAUGAAGGAGCAUUAGAGAAUGUGAAUGCUAUAUUUGGUUUGCAUGUUGACUCUAAGUUACCAAUAGGAGAAGUCUCUUCCAGACCUGGUCCUCUACUGGCUGGGAGUGGAUUCUUUGAAGCAGUAAUAAGUGGGAAAGGAGGUCAUGCCGCCAUUCCUCAGCAUUCAAUCGAUCCAAUACUGGCAGCUUCUAAUGUGAUAGUUAGCCUACAACACCUCGUUUCACGUGAAGCUGAUCCAUUGGACUCACAGGUGGUGACAGUUGCAAAAUUCCAAGGAGGUGGUGCAUUCAAUGUCAUUCCUGAUUCUGUUACAAUUGGUGGCACCUUCCGAGCCUUUUCAAAGGAAAGCUUCAUGCAACUUAGGCAACGCAUUGAGGAGGUUGUCACAGGUCAAGCUGCAGUACAACGUUGCAAAGCAGUUAUUAAUUUCCUUGAGAAAGAAAAACCCUUUUUCCCUACUACCAUAAAUAAUAAAGACUUGCACGACUUCUUCCGAAUUGUUGCAAGUGACGUACUGGGCGUUGACAAGGUUAAAGACAUGCAACCAUUGAUGGGAUCUGAGGAUUUUGCCUUUUACCAGGAAACGAUUCCUGGAUACUUUUUCUUUAUUGGAAUGCAGAAUGAGACACAUAUGCUUCAAUCCGCACACUCCCCCUAUUUUGAAAUUAAUGAAGAUGCACUUCCCUAUGGUGCUGCACUUCACGCAUCAUUGGCUUCUAGGUAUCUUCUUCAAUCCCAACCAGAAGCUACUUUGCCAGAGGAAAAUUAUCGUGAUGAACUCUAA